AUGGUCGCAGACCUCCGCCGCCACACUGCGUGGAGAACUCAGGGUUACGAGGACAAUGGUGUCGAACGCGAUCCGGCCUACACAAUCCCAGACAUUGUCUAUGGAUCUCCGACGGUACGCAAAGUUCGCUUGCUGAGCAUUGGCGCGGGCGUCUCGGGCAUAUUGAACGCGUAUCUCUUUCAAAAGUUUGGACAAAAUGUCGAAUUGAAGAUUUAUGAGAAGAACCAUGACAUCGGAGGAACAUGGCUGGAGAACAGGUAUCCAGGCUGUGCGAAUGACGUUCCUAGCCAUGCAUACGCCUAUGCAUUUGCGCUGAAUCCGGACUGGCCUCGUUGGUUUUCGCACUCUGAGGACAUCUGGAAGUACCUAGACCGGGUCUGCGGAGUCUUCGACCUACGCAAAUACAUGGUAUUUAACACAGAGAUCGUGGGCUGUUUUUGGCAACACGAGGAAGGCGAGUGGCUCGUAAAGAUGAAGCAAACGAGAAGCGACGGCUCCGUGGUUGAAGUCGAAGACCGCUGCAACUUGCUCUUGAACGGGAGUGGUGUGUUGAAUCACUGGAAGUGGCCCGAGAUCCCGGGUCUGUUCGACUUCAAGGGCAAGAUCAUUCACACAGCUUCUUGGCCCCAGGAAUAUCAAGCAGAGCAGUGGGCCGAGGAACGUGUUGCCAUCAUCGGUUCGGGUGCUUCUGCAAUUCAAGUGUUACCCUCCAUGCAACCGACAGCGAAGCACAUUGAUACAUUCAUCCGCUCGGGCACUUGGUUCGUGGAUCUUGCCGGCAACAAGCAGAACAACCGUCCUUUCACAGACUCGGAGAGAAAAGCUUUCCACAACAGCGCGGACCACUUACUUAGCCACGCCAAGUACAUCGAGGACAAGAUCAAUAGCAGCUGGGGGAUGUUUUUCAGAAACUCCGACAAGCAGCGCGAAAAACAGGAGGAGGUCAAGGCUGCAAUGGCCGCUGAGAUUGCAGAUGAAAGACUUCUCCGUGGGUUCUUGCCAAAAUGGUCGAUCGGCUGUCGUCGACCGACCCCUGGCGACCCUUAUAUGCGGGAAAAUGUAUCCGUUCAUUUCACAGGAGUUACCAAAGUCACCGAAAAGGGCGUAAUUGGUGGCGAUGGUAUCGAGCGAGAAUGCGACACGAUCAUCUGCGCCACCGGCUUCGACGUUUCGCACCGCCCUCGUUUCCCCAUCGUCGGGCUCAACGGGGUUGAUCUCAGAGAGAAGUGGGCAACAAUUUCAGAAUCCUACAUCGGCAUCGGCUGCCCCGACAUCCCAAACUACAUAAUGUACAUUGGCCCGACGUGGCCCGUGUCAAAUGGAUCCGUUAUUGGCCCGCUCCAGGUUGUGGGCGAGUAUGCUUUACAAGUAACUCGAAAAAUACAAACGGAAUAUAUUCGGUCUCUGACACCAAAGCAAACCGUAACAGAUGCUUUCAACAAACACGUUCACGAGUGGUCGCGUCACACCGUGUGGUCCGAAGAUUGCCACUCGUGGUACAAGCACAACGCCACAGGCCGAGUCACCGCAAUCUGGCCUGGGUCGUCCCUUCACUACAUGGCCUUGAUCCGCAGUCCUCGCUACGAAGACUACGAUAUCACCCACCUCGGCCCCGGCGCACAGAACAUGUGGGCACAUUUGGGAAUGGGUGUCAACGACGAAGUGGUUGAGGGAAGGGAUUGGAGUCCUUAUUUGCGAUCCGAUGCAAUGGAUCCUGCAUGGCUUGCGGCGGCGAAGAUCUCCAAGGGGAUGUCUGAGACGAACGGUGACGCGAAGCCAGAGACCGCUUUAGAACAGGAGUCACCGAAGCCAAAGAUGAUGGGAACGGGCAUGCUUGACUGA